AUGGAGCAGAAUCAGCUGGACCAAGAAACCUUCUCCUGUUUGAUCUGCCAGGAUCUUCUAAAGGAUCCGGUCGCCAUUCCAUGUGGACACAGCUACUGUAUGAGAUGUAUUAAAAUACACUGGGAUAAAGAGGAUCAGAUAGGAAUCCACAGCUGCCCUCAUUGCAGGAAAUUCUUUAUACCGAGGCCUGACCUGGAGAAGAACACCAUGUUAGCAGCUUUAGUGGAGCAGCUGAAGAAGACUGGACUCCAAGCUGAUGGCUAUGCUGGACCUGAAGAUGUGGCCUGUGAUUUCUGCACUGGAAGAAAACUGAAAGCCAUCAAGAUCUGUUUAGUCUGUCUGGCCUCUUAUUGUGAGAAACACCUGCAGCCUCAUUAUGAUGUGGCUCCACUGAAGAAACACAAACUAAUGGAGCCUUCAAAGAACCUCCAGGAGAACAUCUGCUCUCAACAUGAUGAGGUGAUGAAGAUAUUCUGCCGUACUGAUCAGAAGUGUAUCUGUAGUCUCUGUUUAUUGGACGAACAUAAAGACCAUGACACAGUGUCAGUUGCAGCAGAAAGGACUGAGAGGCAGAGAGAGCUGGAGGAGAGACAAGGAAGAAUCCAGCAGAGAAUCCAGGAC